AUGAGCGGCGGUAGUUUUUGCGGAAGCUUUGGUGGAGGUUCCAGAGGAUUUGGUGGCGGUGGGUCUGGAGGAGGCUUUGGGAGUUCUGGGAGCUGUGGGGGUGGCUUUGGGGGUGGGUCUGGAGGAGGCUUUGGGGGCGGGUUUGGAAGUGGCUUCGGUGGUGGGGUAGGAGGCGGUGAUGGAAGUAUUCUUGGCGCUGAUGAGAAGUCCACGAUGCAGGGCCUCAAUUCCAGGCUGGCCACCUACUUGGAAAAGGUGCAGGCAUUGGAGGAGGCCAAUGCCGACCUGGAGAGUAAGAUCCGGGCCUGGUAUGAGAAGCAGGAGUCCAAGACCUGUCGGAAGGACUACUCCUCCUACUACGACACCAUCGAGGAUCUCAAGAAGCAGAUUGUGUGCCUCACGGUAGACAACAACAAAACCCUCCUGGACUUGGACAAUACUCGCAUGACCAUGGAUGACUUCAGGAUGAAGUUUGAGAUGGAACAGGGCAUGCGCCAGAGUGUGGAGGCAGACAUCAAUGGCCUGCGCAGGGUGCUGGACGACCUGACCAUGCAGAAGACUGACCUGGAGCUGCAAUUGGAGUCUCUGGAGGAGGAGAAGAAGGCCCUCAAGGAGAACCAUGAGGAAGAGAUGAGCCAGCUGACAGGCCAGACCACUGGUGAUGUCUGUGUGGAGAUGAAUGCGGCACCCAGCAGAGACCUCACCAAGAUCCUCAACGACAUGCGCCAGGAGUAUGAGCAGCUCAGUGCUCAGAACCGCAAGGAUAUCGAGCAAAGAUAUGAAUCUGAGAUGGCGCAGAUCGAGCAACAGGUGAAGAACAGCGGUGAGGAGAAGGAGUGCAGCACCAAGGAGCUGACCCAGCUCCGGCAAAGUGUGCAGGCGUUGGAGAUCGAGCUGCAGUCCCAGCUGAGCAUGAAAUCCGCCCUGGAGAAGACCUUGGAAGACACAAAGCACCGCUACUGCGUGCAGCUGCAGCAGAUCCAGGACCAGAUCAGCAGCCUGGAGGGGCAGCUGACUGAGAUCCGGGCAGAGACAGAGUGCCAGAAUCAGGAGUACAGCCUUCUGCUCUGCAUCAAGACGCGGCUGGAGCAGGAGAUUGAGACCUACCGCAGUCUCCUGCAGGGUGGCCAGGAGGACUUGGCUUUGGAGGCGGGAAAGGAAGUGGAUCUCAAGGUGGAAGUGGAGGAAGUAGCUCUGGAGGCAGCUAUGGUGGAGGAAGCAGUGGAGGCCAUGGUGGAGGAAGUGGAUCAAGAGGAGGAAGUGGAGGCAGCUAUGGGGGAGGAAGCAGUGGAGGCCAUGGUGGAGGAAGUGGAUCAAGAGGAGGAAGUGGAGGCAGCUAUGGGGGAGGAAGCAGUGGUGGCCACGGCGGAGGAAGUGGAUCAAGAGGAGGAAGUGGAGGCAGCUAUGGGGGAGGAAGCAGUGGUGGCCAUGGCGGAGGAAGUGGAGGUAGUUAUGGGGGAGGAAGCAGUGGUGGCCAUAGUGGAGGAAGUGGAUCCAGAGGAGGAAGUAGUGGUGGCUGUGAAGGAGGAAGUGGAUCCAGAGGAGGAAGUGGAUCCGGAGGAGGAAGUAGUAGCUGUGGAGGAGAAAGUAGAAAACCAUCCCAGUCCCAGUCCUCUUCCUCGAAAUCUGGCAACUGUGAUGAUGCACAAGGAAGCAGAGGCGGAGCUGGUGACUGGGCUGGAGCACCGCGCCUGGAGCAGCCUGGAGAGCUGGCCUCUGCUCUCUGCAGGCUACUUCAUGCGGUAUUAA